GCACAAGGAUCACACCUGCGUGCAUUUGUACUUAAUGAAACCCUUCACUCCACCAGGCCGCAGAGAUCUGUUUGUGUUAUCGGCUGUGAUGGCGGAAUCGCGGAGAGUUCAGUUGACCACUUUGUCCUUUGAUGCACCUCCAUCCUCAGACAAGCUGGCUUCGGCCCAAAAGUCUCCGACAGUUGUUCAGCAGGAGAAAGAAACCUGCUCAGACCGACCCGCGGACACCGACACAGUCCGGCUGGUGCUCACGUUAUUUGAGCCUGAUGAGAGGAGCUUCCCAGAGUUCAGCUACAGCCAGCUCGUUGACGACAACAAGAUCAACCACACAAAAGAUGAAGUCCCACUGAGCAGAUUUAAAGAGGAAGAAAAGAGAGCAAAUGAUGAGGCUGUUGCUAUUGCAAGGAAGUUGGAGGAAAAAUAUGGUGGCAAACCUAAGAAAAAAAAGGAUCGCAUUCAGGACUUGAUCGAUAUUGGAUACGGCUAUGAUGAAGAGGAUUCUUUCAUUGACAACUCUGAGGCUUAUGAUGAAUUUGUUCCAGCCUCCAUCACAACAAAAUUUGGUGGCUUCUAUGUAAAUUCAGGCAUGCUGCAGUUCCGCCAGGCUUCUGACACAGAGGACCUCACUGCAGAAGAGAAAACACUUGAGCCCUCAAAAAAACGUAAACUCAAUGGUGAACAGAAUAAGCCAAAGAAAAAGCCAUGCAGAGAAGAUGGAGAGAUGGAAAGCAAUGCGGAUCUAAAAUCGAGACACGAAGACGAGAUGAAGAAGAAAAAGAAGAAAAAGGCUGUUGGCACAUUAAGUGUCACCAGCAUGUUGAAAAAGUUUCAAAGGGAGAAGGAGAAGGAACGACGGAAGAUGAAGAAAGCCAAUCAGGAAGCAGCUGCAAUCAUGGGUGCACCCAAAAUCCCUCUCUGCCCUGCAGAUGCAGCUGGGGGCGGAGGCUCAGGAUUGACCGACCCUCUCCUCAGUUUAAUUGGAUCAACCAAUGACCACGCUCUCAUCCAAGCAGCCAACACUGUGGAUUUUGAUAUUGAUUUGGACUCUUUAUUAGACGUCAGUGAAGAGACUUCAUCACCAAAAUUGCUCCCCCAAUCUACCACUGUUUUCCAACCCAAAACAGAUGACCAGACUCAAGCCCAACCUCCAAUUACAAAGACCAACUUGCAGCUGAAGCCUCAUUCAGAACAAAUCCAGCUCUUGUCGCAAACCAGUUCUACAUCACCUCCACUGCCAGAGGGACUUCCCCCAGGACUGGAAGACAGCAUUCGAAAACUCAUGAUGGCUGCCAAGACCUCAGAGGGGGAGUCAAAGCUCAAGUUCUUCACACCAGAAAUCAACUCGAUCCUGCUUGAUAUUGAGUUGCAGUGUCGGGGACAGGGUGGUCAGUUGCGCUCCAAGGUGUACACACACCUGUCAUCUUUCCUGCCCUGCAGCAGAGACACACUCCUCAAACGUGUAAAGAAACUGUUACUCACACACAUGGAGGAACCCCCUGAUGCAGAGAAUCCCAUGCACAAACUUAAAGAAGCCAUCGGCAAAGCCAUGCCCGAGCAGAUUGCAAGUUUCCAUGAAAACUGCCAAACAUAUGAACAAGUGAAGACUUCAAAGGCAACAGAGGAGGACAAAGAAGGCAAACAGAAGGUAAAUAUUGGCCCAGAGGACAAUGUGGAGGAGAAAGGUGGGAAACGAGGAGGUCCUAAGAAGUUGUUCAAAUGGAAUGACGAGAUCAGGGAAUGUUUGAGCCAUGUGUUAAUGGUGAAAAUGGAGAGACAGAAAACGGAAAGGGACUGGAGUCAGGAGAUGGAGGAGUACCUUAAGAACUUGUUAGACAAUGAGGUCAAACCGCUUUGGCCAAAAGGGUGGAUGCAGUCUAGGGUGCUGAUGAGGGAGAGCAGGAACAUUUUACAUUUUAAGUCAUUACCAGUAAAGAGGGCUAGGCCUGAGAAGAAGCAGCAGCCACCACCUAUCAAUGGUCCUCCCACUGCAUCAGAUGGCUGCAGCAUUUCCCAGAGAUCUCCACCACUGAUAGAUCUGACCCAGGAAGCAGACGAUAUCUUUAUUGAGGGAUCAAAUGUCUCCAAUUCUGUGUCACUUGGUGCUGUUAAGAAGGAAGUUGCUGCACUGAAAAAGGUGGAGGCUGCUUCGACUCCUUCCCUUCUGGAUCUCCUUGCUGAUCAAGCGCUGGCUCAGGAGCAACCUCAAUCCGUUUCCCAGGAGCUCCUAGCAGCAGCUGUUGUAAAAUACAGACGUUCAGUUCAGCACUGGAGCCUUGGGGUUGACACCAAAAGUCCUCCCUUUCCACCUCCGCCUCCUCAGUCCAGCCCAGUCGGUUUCCCUGUGAGCAGGGUGAGUCAGGUUGUUUUUCCUCAACUGCUGCAGGUCGGGGACUUCGCCAGGCACAUGGAUGCUAGCCAGGUGCAGAUCAUCGCUGAGGAUGCUGACAUUACUAUACAAUAACUCCCAAUGCAAAUUUACACACAAUGGGAGCAGUUUCUUUUGGAGAUACAAUCAUUGUGUCCAGUCCAACAAACACAGGAGUUGACUGCAAAAUCAGCAGUGGAUAUGAGCUACUCUGCAAAAGUUAAUAAGCAAAUGGCAAUCUGAAUUUUUGUCUACUGCCACAAGAUGUGGUUCUCGCUGAAGAUGUUUUGUCAUGCUUUCUGUUAUCGUGUCUUUGAGUAUGUCAUCUGAGAGGGUAAGAAACUAAAGGGAGUAAUACUUGUAGUUUUGACAUGUGAAAGGUGGCACUUUUACCACUGAGCAGAGAAGUGACCUUGUGAGAAACCUGCCAUCUACUCAGAGAAUCACCUUUGAUAAUGACUCUUUAACUUACCUGUAUUUAAAAAGCUUUGUUUGAAAUGUGAAUGAUUUACUUUGAAUUAAUAAAUAAUAAAGAGCUUA